GCGGAUCCCCGGUUUGCCCCCGCCUCGACGCGCUCGGAUUAGCUGCAGCUGGCUCCCAGGGAUUUGAAUCUGGACCCCAGGAGGGAGCGCGCCUAGGCCGACCUCGGAGCGGCGGCCCCCCGGCCAACAUGCUUCGCAAAGGGUGCUGUGUGGAGUUGCUGCUGCUCCUGCUGCUGGCUGAGGAGCUACCCCUGGGUGGUGGCUGUCCUCGAGACUGUGUGUGCUACCCCGCACCCAUGACUGUCAGCUGCCAGGCACACAACUUUGCUGUCAUCCCAGAGGGCAUCCCAGAGGACAGCGAGCGCAUCUUCCUGCAGAACAAUCGUAUCACUUUCCUCCAGCAGGGCCACUUCAGCCCCGCCAUGGUCACCCUCUGGAUCUAUUCCAACAACAUCACUUUCAUCGCUCCCAACACCUUCGAGGGCUUUGUGCAUCUGGAGGAGCUAGACCUUGGAGACAACCGGCAGCUGCGGACGCUGGCACCCGAGACCUUCCAGGGCCUGGUGAAGCUUCACGCCCUCUACCUCUAUAAGUGUGGACUGAGCGCCCUGCCCGCAGGCAUCUUUGGUGGUCUGCACAGCCUGCAGUACCUCUACUUGCAGGACAACCACAUUGAAUACCUCCAAGAUGACAUCUUUGUGGACCUGGUCAACCUCAGUCACUUGUUUCUCCAUGGCAACAAGCUUUGGAGUCUGGGCCAAGGCAUUUUCCGGGGUCUGGUGAACCUCGACCGGCUGUUGGUGCAUGAGAACCAGCUACAAUGGGUCCACCAUAAGGCUUUCCAUGACCUCCACAGGCUGACCACCCUCUUUCUCUUCAACAACAGCCUCACUGAGCUGCAAGGUGACUGUCUGGCCCCCCUGGUGGCCUUGGAGUUCCUUCGCCUCAAUGGUAACGCCUGGGACUGUGGCUGCCGGGCGCGGUCCCUGUGGGAAUGGCUGAGGCGGUUCCGAGGCUCCAGCUCCGCUGUUCCCUGUGCGACCCCCGAGCUGCGGCAAGGCCAGGAUCUGAAGCUGCUGAGGGCUGAGGACUUCCGGAACUGCACAGGGCCAGCAUCUCCACACCAGAUCAAGUCACACACGCUCACCACCUCUGACAGGGCUGCCCGCAAGGAGCACCACCCAUCCCAUGGCGCCUCCAGGGACAAAGGCCACCCACAUGGCCAUCUGCCUGGCUCCAGGUCAGGUUACAAGAAGCCAGGCAAGAACUGUACCAGCCACAGGAACCGAAACCAGAUCUCGAAGGUGGGCACUGGGAAACAGCUCCCUGAACUACAGGACUAUGCCCCUGACUACCAGCACAAGUUCAGCUUUGAUAUCAUGCCGACUACACGACCCAAGAAGAAGGGCAAGUGUCCCCGCAGGACCCCCAUCCGUGCCCCCAGUGGGGUGCAGCAGGCUAACUUGGGCACUUCCCUGGGGGCCUCGCUCCUGGCCUGGAUACUGGGGCUGGCGGUCACUCUCCGCUGAGGACUCAGGACAUCACUGCCCAGCACUGCCACAUGUCCAGCAAGGAACAGAAUCUUUUCCUCUUGUUUAUUUUUUUUUUUUUCCUUUUUAAGCGGAAGAUCUGCUGGGUUUCAGGAAAAGGUUGCUAAAGCCUUCAAUCACAGUCUGGACCCUUCCUGGUGGAUUAUAAGCUCAAAGUGUACAGCUCUAGAGAGGAGGGGUAGCCAUCUUACCUGGUUGUCCUGGCCCAGCACCUACCUGGACAGCAUCCACUCCAGCACGGUGGUCAAAGGCAUACCCAGUGAAUCAUAGCCGUGACGGGACAUAUGCCCUGUGGAGAAGCUGGGCUCUGUGGAAUCCUGAUCACUUGGAAAGAAGGGCCAGAGGACCCUGUUGUUUUGGGAAGGAGUGGGACUCAGGACGAGGCUCCCGCAGAGCCAGCUGGGGCAACCAGCCAUCUCAGAGCACUCUUGCUCUUGCCUGAGGCCACCUCGUCAACCUGCCCAGUCCCACGAUGUCACCCUCAGUCCCUACCCAUUGGGGUAGUGCCUCUCAUUCCUGAUGUCUCAGGCAGUCCUGGCAGACCUGCUGGGGUCCAAGAACCAAUCACCAAAGGGAAGAUCACCAGAGGAUGACAUGUAGAACUUUACUCGCAAUGAGAGUCACACAGAAGGUGCAGUUUUAUACCUGUGUCCACUUAUAUAUACCCUCACACCCUGCCCACACACCCACACAAUAUAAAUAUAUAUACAUAUAUAAAUAUAUAAAUGCACAGCCCCCCUCCCACUCCUUACCAAACUGUAUGUCUUAUCAUGUUUAUAAACUAUACGGGAACCUA